CAACUGCAAAUCGUUAGGUCAUCUCGCGUGCGAGUGAAUUUAAAAGUUGAAUUGUCAGUAAACAAGUUACGAACACGAGAUGUGCACAAACCUGUUCCCCGUGCUCAAAAAUGCCUGAACCGACUCUGAAAAUACAAAACCCACCAUGGUGGCGAAGACGGUCGCGGACCGAGAAGACACUCCUCAUAGUCACCGCCGUGCUAACCAUGCUAAUCAUAAUCCUCCUCGCUGUGAAUUUAAUUCGCUUAAACGAAGGCUGCCACGACAUAUGCCUCACCCCCGGCUGCGUAAAAACCGCGGCCCAAGUGCUGGAAAAGGUCGAUUUAAACGCCAACCCUUGCGAGGACUUCUACAACUUCGCCUGUGGGAAUUUCAUCAAAAAUACGGCCAUUCCCGACGACAAGGCGAUGAUUUCGUCCUUUAGCAUCGUGGAGGAUGAGGUUGAGGACCUGAUGCAAAGUAUACUGAAAAAACCGAUCGCACCGACGGACACUAAGCCCAUCGUCCUCGCCAAAACGCUCUACCAGGCUUGCAUGAACACGCGCGAAAUUGAGGCAAACUCGGUGAUUAAAUUCAAACAGCUAAUGAAAAAACUGGGAGGCUGGCCGGUGAUCGAAGGCCCAGAUUGGGACGAAAAUGAAUUCGAGUGGCUGGCAACAAGUUACAAAUUCAUGAAGACGGGAAUGACUCCUGAUAUGCUGCUCAACAUUGUUGUAGAGGCCGAUAUCUCGAACUCGUCCAGAUACGCACUGUUUUUGGACCAAAUCGACGUCAAGUUGGACAAAAUCAAAAGAAACGGGUUUAAUGAAACGGUCUUUCAAGCUUUUUACGAGUUUAUGACAAAAGUAGCAGUGGUUUUUGGAGCUGAUGAGCACACAGCGGCCGAAGAAAUGAGACAAGUUGCGGAAUUCAUUGUGACAUUGGCUAGGAUUACAGUACCGGCGGAGGAGCGCCACAACCAGUCACUGGAAAAUAAUCCAAUGACUAUUAGCGAACUGGAAAAUCGGUACAGUUACGUCCCCUGGUUGGAAUAUAUCAACACAAUGUUAAAACCGUAUCAUAAAGUGACUCCCAAUAACACAGUCGUGGUUAAAAUACCCCAAUACUAUGAUAAAUUGCAGGACGUUUUGAGAAACACGCCAAAACGCACUUUGGCCAAUUACAUGUUCUGGUCAAAAAUCCAAGAAUACGUGACAUAUCUGAACGACGAGCUUAGAAACCUAGAACUAGAAGUCUACAAAGUGGCGUUUGGGAUUGACAAACGUCCGCCACGAGUCAAAGAAUGCACGCAGCUGUGCAUUAGGUUGUACGUAGCCAGUGGUGCACUUUUCGUUAAAAACUUUUUCAAUGAAAAGGCCAAGCAGGAGGUGACCGAAAUAGUUAGCAACGUUAGAGACGAGUUUAUUAAAGCACUGAAAACUGUGGAUUGGAUGGACGAUGCGACGAAAAAACAAGCACUGGAGAAAGCCGAAGCGAUUCACCUCCACAUGGCCUAUCCGGACGAGCUACUAGACGAGAAAAAAUUGGAAAAAUACUACGAAAACCUUACUUUAGAUUCGUCCGAUUACCUCGGCUGUCGACUUAACAUAUCUCUGUUCAGCGACGCAGUCGACUACCAAGAGUUGGACAAAUUACUGGAUAAGAAAGACUGGCGACAUCACAGUUACGUGGCUUUGGUGCAAGCUUUUUACGACAAGAACGAGAACAGCAUCGAAUUUUUGGCGGGUAUUUUACGCAACGUUUUUUUCAACGAAACUAAACCCAAGUACAUGAAUUAUGGGGCCAUUGGUCACAUCGUUGGGCACGAAAUAACCCACGGUUUUGACGACGUCGGGCGACAAUACAACACGGAAGGGAAUCUGGUGAACUGGUGGGAACCUAAAACCAAGGAAGCUUUCGACUCUAAAGCUCGCUGUAUCAUCGACCAGUAUGGCAACAUAACCGAGCCGGAAGUUGGUUUAAAUCUAAAUGGUGGACACACCCAAGGCGAAAACAUCGCCGAUAACGCUGGGAUAAAGCUGGCGUAUUUAGCGUACAAAGAGUGGGUUAAAAGGAACGGUCCUGAGUUUGUGCUUCCCGGACUACCUUUCACCCCGCUACAGAUGUUCUGGAUUUCUGUGGGCAACACGUGGUGCAGUGUGGAAAAAAAUGAAAUUUUGAAAUUGACAGUGUUGCAAGAAGUGCACGCACCGAAUCGUUACAGAGUCAAUGUUCCUCUAAUGAAUUCAAAGUACUUUAUCGAGGACUUCCAGUGCGGGGACAAUUCCAAAAUGAACCCCAAACACAAGUGCCAUGUUUGGUAAAUGUUGUUAAUAAAAUUACGUUAAUACUU